GGAACACACGACCGAAUUAAUCUCCUUUCCGAAAUAAAAUUUCUUCUCCUUCCUCUUUCUCUUCUUCUUCCUCGGACGAAAUCCCAAUCCAAACUCCACGAUUCCCUCGCCGCCAUUCCCAGCCCGGAGGCGAGGAGGAACGGUUCCUCCGUGGGUUUCCAGCAGCCCCACCCGGAUCUCGCUGUCGUAUACCUCGAGCCACCCCACCAUCCACUUGGGACCAGUUGACGGCGAGAUUUCUCGAGCUCGCCAAUUGGAAGGACAGGCUUCUAGGGCUUCCGUCUUGCCGGUUGCGUGGCAGCUCGAUUCGAUUCGGUUGCCUGCGCCCUGGGUGGGUCUAGGGUUUGGCGGGAAUUGAUGGGCCCCCGCCUCGCGUGACGGCUUCCCGGGAGAUCUCCGCAUGGAUCACAGGGGUCGCGGCGGUGGCGGCGGAGGGGGAGGCCGCGGAGGCGGGGACAAGAACCGCACCGAUCUCCUCGCUGCCGGGCGCAAGAAGCUGCAGCAGUUCAGGAAGAAGAAGGAGAAGAAGGGUCCUGGGAAGAAAGCCGAAGCGGAUGCCGAAGGGGAGGCGAAGGCUGGCGGGGCCAACGCAGAGGAGGCCGUGCCUGAACCCAAGUCUCCUGUUGGGUUGAAGUUUCUAGCCGGGGAUAGUGGCAGCAGCCAUAGCACGCCAUUUGAGGAAGCGGCAAAGUCGCAUGAGGAACAAUGCAAUGGCCAGGGGCCUGAUACUGCUGAGCCAAGCACUGUAGAGAAUCCAGAUGUUACGCCCGUGCUUGAGAAUGUUGAUGGUUGUGAUGUGCAGAAUAUCGGCAUUAGUGAGCAGGGGGGUUCGGAGCAUAAUAGCUCUAGACCAGGCGAUGGCGAAGAAUCCGUAGUUCAGGCUUCGAGUUCAGAUGUUGGUUUUAAUCUUGUAGGAGCUCAGCCACGGGAGGUGGACAGUGAAGAACCACUAGAUCGCUUUUCGGAAAGCAUGGAGCCACAGAUUUCUUCUCACAGUGACAUAGCUGAUGAUGGUAUCAACCAAGUAGGGGAACAUGAGGUGCAGAUGGAUCCUGUUGAGAGGCCAGACAGUUCUGACUUGAAAGAAAAUAUGGAGGUGCCAAUUCCAUCUCAAGACCUCGCAGCUGGUAAUAAUAUUAAUAUUUUGGAAGGAGCUCAAGAACUGGAGGUGGGUGUUUCUGAGAGGCCUUCUGAUGGCAACAUGCAACAAGAUGAGGUUGUGCAUGAAGAAGUGUUGGCUCUCGCAGCUUCACAUGAAAUUCCUGAGAGUACUGGAAGAGGAGACGCUGACGAGGAAGCUGACGGAGUGGGCAAAGAAGCUGUUCAAGAAGUUGUAGGCACAAGUAUAUCAGAUGCUACACAGGAGGCUGUCGCUACAGAUGAAUUGAAUUUAGCUGUUGAAAAGGUUGAUCCAGCUUUAUUUGUUGGGGCUGUACCUCAAGGCGUCAUGCCGCAUCAUCUUGAGUAUAUUCAGAGGCAUCUGUAUGUUACAACCCUGUCAAGGGAUUUUCUCCAGUUGCAGCUAAAUGAGGAUGUAGACGUGAAUCCAGAUAUUACACCUUAUUCUGAUGAAAUUCUCAAGCUCCAGGUACUACUGAAAGAAUCUGAAGAUUGCAAAGUAGCACUCAGCCAAGAGAUUCAGCAAUGUAGACAUGAGCUCUCCGACUUGAAUACUGUAAAGGGUGAACUUCAACAAAUUGUGGCUUCUCAGAAAGAGGAAAUCAACUCUAGCAACAGCAAAUGUGAACAGCUGGAGAUUGAAUUACAGUACUCCAAGGAGAACACGCAACAAACCCUCAGAGAUUUAGCUGACUGCCAAAUAUUACUGGAAGCUGUACAAAAGGAGAACAUGGAGCUAACCACAAACCUGGGUUCUGAGAAAGAAGCCAGAAAGGAGGCUGAGGAGCAGCGGGAAUAUCUGUCUUCUGAAAACAAGAACCUUUUAUCAAAGCUGUCUGCUCUGGAACUUGAUCUAGCUUCAAUGAAAGAGGCAAUGAAUGCUGGCAGUAGCAGAUGCGAAAGUUUGGAGGUUGAGUUGUGUUCCUCCAAGGAAAACAUGGAACAAACAUUGACCGAGUUAGCAAACUGCAGGGCUUUCUUGGAAGAGUCACAAAAAGAUAAUCUCGAGUUAUCUAAAUUUUUUGCCGUUGAAAAAGAAACAAACAUGAAACUCAAGGAGGAUAAUGUGCGUCUUCUCAAUGAGAAGGAGAUGCUUUUAUCAGACCUGUCUGAACUAAACAACAAAUUGCAUCUUUCAUAUGCCAAACAUAAGCAGCUUGAGUCGCAUGUUAGAGAUAUGGAAACAGACAUCGAACAACUCACAGAGCAACUAAUUGAGGAAAGCAUGUAUGCAACCAACAGUUUUGAUAUUUACCAAUCUGCAAUGAAAGAGCUGGAUGCUAAGUGCAAUGUGGUGCUAGGCCAAGCCCAGACAGUCGUGCAUCAAGAAAAUGAACACCAUUUGGACUCAUCAGAAAUCACUGUUGAAAAUUCAGAAAGAACAAUUACAAGUCCUGCGUUUGUUGGUGAUGGUAAUAAUCAGUAUUCCCAUCCUCUGUUCAGCGAGAAUAACUCAUGUGACUCUACUGCUCUGCAGUCACUGAAGGGCCAUCUAGAGAUCGCGAAAGGUGAAUUGUAUGAACUUCAAAAGUUAGUUCAUAGGAUUUCUUCUAGGUCUGACGGACGUGUCCUUGUAUCAAAACUCAUUCAAUCUUUUGAGACAAAAGAAAAUCAGGAAGAUCCUGGAAUGUCUGAGGGGGAGCAUGAUGAUUUGAAAAAGCUAACUCAAGAGAUGAUAUUCAGCCUUGUGGAAAAGUUGAAGUCAAUGACUUCAGAUCUUGCAAAAACUGAAAAGUAUGUUGUUGAACUGUGUGACAAAAUAGAGCUUUCCAGCAAGUCUGAAGUGCAGCAUGAAGCAGAAAGGCAACAUACUGCAAUUCUUGAGGCCAAAAUGGAUGGGCUUGCUGAGAAGCUAAACAACUACAACAACACAAUUGAUCAACUGCACAUUCAGCUUGCUAAUGUACAGCUGGAUGCAGAUAAUCAUGCUGGAAAACUCACCAAUCAAGCCACACUUUUGGAUCAUGAUGUUACAGAAAGGAUUUUCAUUCUUGAGAAGGAGAGGGCAUCUCUAUCAAAUCUGCUCAUUGAAAUAACCAAUAAGCUUAGUUCUUUGAGAAGUAACGAGUUCUCUAAUGAUUUGGGCGAAAAUGAAGGGCUCGGCUCUUGUAUUUUGAAUUCUCUAGAUCUUGCUGCGAAAUCAAUCCAAAGUCUUCAGGACAAAUUAGAGGCUGCUCAAAGCGAGAAUGCUAAUCUCAAUACUUCUCUGUUGGAGAUCAAGAAAGCACAUUCUGAUGUUCAAGAGAGGAGUGAAAAAGCAUCUGGAAUGGUUAAGCACAUGUGUGAUACCUUGCAGGAACUUCUACGCGACUCGCUUGGAAAUUCAGAUGAAGCAGUUGCAGGGUAUAAUGCUGAGGAACUAAUUGAAGUUCUGUUUAGUCAUGUUGGUGGAAUUGUUGAGCAUUUGAAGAAUCUGUUGCAUGACCGUCAUUCUUUGCAAGCAAACAAUGCUAACCUCGAGUCAAGAUUGUUGAGCAAAUGUGAAGAAGUUGAAGAGCUCAGCUUGAGAUGCAGUUCUCUAACAAAAAAUAUGGAUGCCAUCUGCUUGCUGAAUGAGGAGCUUAAUUUAGUUUCUUCGAAUAAAAGUGCAGCGCAGGAUGAGCUGCACAGUAGAUGCCUCGCUAUAGCAGUAAAUAUGAUGCACUACUCUGCAAGUAAUACCUCAAUAGUUAUUCCUUUGAUGUCUAAUAGUGGUGAGGCUGAAGCAUUCAGCAAGGAUCAGCAUAUUCUUACCACAUUACUGCCAUGUAUUGAGGAGGGUGUGGCUUCAUACAAUGAGAAACUUGAAAAUGCAGUUGAAGAAAUCCACUUAUCAAAGAUAUGCUUGCAAAAUGCCCAUAUGUUUGACCAAAUUUCAUUUGACAAGUGGGCCUUGCCCUUGCCUGCGUUGCUCAAAGAAGAAAUUGUACCCAAGGUUUGUGAAUUGCAGGGCCAAAUUGAUCAGCUCAGUGCGUUGAACAUUCAGUUAGAAACUGAAGCUCCAGUCCUCAAGGAUGGCUUGAAAAAGCUUGAUGAAGCUAUUCAAACUUCACAUGCUGAGCUUCAGAAAAGGUCUUCUGAACUUGAGCAAUCAGAGCAGAAACUUUCUUCUGUCAAGGAAAAACUUGGUAUUGCUGUUGCAAAAGGCAAGGGUUUGAUAGUGCAACGUGACAGCCUUAAGCAGUCUCUUUUGGAGAAGUCUGGUGAGCUUGAGAAGCUCUCACAAGAAUUGCAGUCAAAGGAUGCAUUAGUGAAAGAGUUGGAAGCCAAACUGAAAUCCUAUACAGAAGCAGAUCGUAUUGAGGCUUUGGAGUCUGAGCUCUCAUAUAUACGGAAUUCAGCUACUGCUUUAAGGGACUCAUUCCUUCUAAAAGACUCAGUUCUUCAGAAAAUUGAAGAAGUCUUAGAAGACCUAGAUUUACCAGAGUAUUUUCAUUCUAGAGACAUAGUUGAGAAAAUAGAACUGUUAACAAAGAUGGCUGUUGGUGCUUCUUUUACCAUGCCUGAUGGUGAUAAGAGGUCCUCUGUGGAUGGGCAUUCCGAGUCUGGUCUGGCCAUGGAUAGCAUAAAUGAUGAGCAAAUCUCGAAUUCAAAUCCAGGGUCUGAUGAUAUAAAGAUCAAAUAUGACGAGCUGAAUAGGAGAUUCUAUGAACUGGCUGAGCACAACAACAUGUUGGAACAAUCUCUAGUGGAGAGGAACAGUAUUUUACAGAAAUGGGAAGAAGUCCUUGGUCAGGUUAGCGUUCCCCCACAGUUCAGAAUGUUGGAACCAGAGGACAGGAUAACAUGGCUGGGAAACAGACUAUCGGAGGUUGAGAAUGAAAGAGACACAAUGCAUUUGAAGAUUGAACACCUUGAGGAUUCCUCUGAGAUGCUAAUUACUGAUUUAGAGGAAUCACACAAAAGGAUUUCUGAACUUAGUGCAGAGGUUGUUGCUAUGAAGGCUGAGAAGGACUUCUUCUCACAGAGCCUGGAGAAACUGAGAUUUGAGUUCCUUGGACUCUCUGAGAAAGCAGUUCAAGAUGAGUUUGUCAGAGACAACUUGCGAAAAGAUCUAGCUGAACUGCAGGAGAAGUUAGCUGAGAAAGCCAAGGAGAGCAAGCAUUAUCAUGAUAUGGAGAUAGAGGUAUACAAACUACUGGAUUUGGUGCGAAAUGUGCUGCAGGAUGGUACUGGCAGUAAUGCUGAAAUUCCAGCUGGUGAUGUUGUAUUGCAAUUGGGUGAAUUAUUGAGGAAGGUUUUAGACCACUAUGCGUCUCUUUUGUCAGAGUCAACUUUAGGCAAUGCUGCAGGGAAGGAAAUUCAUUUAGAGGAAACCAGGCCAUUUAAUGACGCUACAUCAGAGACAAGUAGAGAUGACAAAGAGAAUGCACUGAAUAUUUUUAGUAGCGAGUUAGAGCAUGCCCGCAGCAGUUUGGCCUUAGCUGAGCAGCAGAGGAAUGAAGCUUUGGAGAAGGCAGAAUCACUGAUACUGGAAGUGGAGACGCUACAUGCUGAAAUAAAUCAAUUGCAGCUAGUUGGUGUUGAGCAGACUCAAAAGUAUCAGUUGCUUGUGCUUGAACUUGAAUCAGUAGGUAAGCAACGGGAUGAUCUGAUUGAGAAGCUAAAUCAGAGUACUGAGUUAGAGCAUUCUCUUAGUAGUCUGGCCUUGGCUGAGCAGCUCCGUGAUGAUGCUGUUCAGAAGGCAGAAUCACUGGUACUGGAAGUGGAGACACUACAGGCUCAAAUAAACCAGUUGCAGGAAGGUGGUGUGGAGCAGACUCAAAAAUAUCAGUCGCUUGUACUUGAACUAGAAUCAAUUGGUAAGCUGCGGGAUGAUUUGCAAGAGAAGCUAAAUCAGGAGGAGCAAAAGAGCGCUUCACUGAGAGAGAAACUGAAUAUCGCUGUCAGAAAAGGGAAGGGUCUGGUGCAACAUAGAGAUAGCUUGAAGCAAACUAUAGAAGAGAUGAAUGCUGUGGUAGAGAAACUUAAAAAUGAAAGGAAUCAACUCACAGAAUCACUUGAAUCUGAGAAAUCCUUAUUGAUGGGCCGAUUGACUGAGAAUGAGAAGAGCUUGCAUGAUACAACCCAAUACUUGAGUAGAUUGUUAAAUGCUCUGGGUACUGUGGAUAUUGCUCGAGAAUUCGAUGCAGAUCCAAUCGCCAAGAUCGAAAAAAUUGCACAGUUUUACAUUGACCUGCAAGCAAUAGCGGUUUCAUCACAAAAUGAAGUGAAAAAAUCGAAACGAGCAACCGAGCUGCUUCUAGCUGAGUUAAAUGAAGCUCACGAAAGGGUCGAUAACCUGCAGGAGGAAUUAGUCAAGGCAGAAGCUGCACUGUCUGAGUCCUCCAAAAAGAACCAUGUCAUAGAGUCUGCAAGAGCAGAUGCUGUCCGCCAGCUCGAACAUAUUAUGCAUUUGCAGGCACUGGCAGAAAGGAAGCAGAUAGAUCAUUUGAAGGAGUUGAACUCUACCAGUGGUGAACUAAAAGAAGUUUGCCUUGAACUUUCACACCGUCUUGUCAGCGCAUUCAGUAAAGAUUUGGACCUUAUCUACUAUGUAGAGAGUUUCAUGAAAUCUUCCGGUAAAUGGAUGGACGGCACAAAUUUGGUGGAUAUACCCAUCACUUCUAACCAUCUGUUGUCCAAUAGCAAAAGCAGCAAGAAAGCUCAUAUUCCAAAUUCUCCACUAGAAUUCACAGUGGAUGAUACUCAUGAAAGUCAGCUUCUGCAUCAUCUUGCAAUUACAUGCCAUGCUGUAUCUGAUUGUGUAAAGGAUUGCAAUGAUCUCAAAAGGAACAUUGACGAGCAUGGUUUUUCAGUUGACCAGAAAGCUACAGAGCUAUUUGAUGUUAUGUCCAACUUGCAGAACAGAUUCACUUCUCAAAAUAAAGAGUUAGAAUCUUCGAGAGAAAACGUUGUUGAACUGCAAUCAAAGAUCAAUGAGAAAGAAGAGGAAUGUUUGUCAAUGCGUAGAAACAUGAGUUUGCUUUACGAAGCAUGUACUAGCUCAGUUUCUGAGAUUGAAGGAAUGACUGGUAUGGAGUCUGGCAACCGGAGCUAUUUUGUUGGGCAGAACCAUUUAUCUUCAUAUGACCAUAUAAAAUCAGUAGUUGACCAGUUGGGUGCAGCUGUAAAGACUACUCGGUACAGUAAUGAAGGGAACACGAAGGAACUGAAGGCUACUGUUCUUGAGUUGCAGCAGGAGCUUCAAGAAAAAGAUGUGCAAAUUAGCACAAUCAGUUCGGAGCUUGCAUCUCAGAUAAGGGAUGCCGAAUCUUCUGCAAAGCAGCUUUCUGUUGAGCUUGAAGAUGCAAGAAUUGAAGUCUGCAAUUUGGAGAAACAUGUUGAGUUGUUGCUUAAUCAGAAGAAAGCUUUAGAGACUCAAGUAAGUGAGCUUAAAGAUUUGGAGACAGUGGCAAGUGAGCAGCAUGGAAGAUUAAAGGAGUUGACUGAUGAACUCACCAGAAAAGACCAAGAGAUUGAAGGUUUGAUGCAAGCACUUGACGAAGAAGAAAAAGAGCUUGAAGUCUUGGAGAACAAAAGCAACAACUUGGAGCAGAUGCUGCAAGACAAAGAAUUUGCUUUAAAGAGCCUUGAAGUUUCUAGGACAAAAGCUCUGACUAAACUUGCAACAACUGUUGACAAGUUUGACGAGCUGCAUAGCUUGUCUGAAAGUCUUCUUGUAGAAGUGGAAAGCCUUCAGUCACAAUUGCAAGAGAGAGAUUCAGAGAUCUCUUUUCUGCGUCAUGAAGUUACAAGGAGUACUAAUGAACUACUAACCACUGAAGAUAUCAACAAGAAGUACCUAUCUCAGAUAAAUGAUUUUAUUAAGUGGUCAGAAACUGCACUCUUGCAGUUUGGUGUGCAUUGCGACAUCGCAGAUGAUUAUGAUUGCACUCAGCUUCCUGUAUAUAUGGAUAUGUUGGACAAGAAAAUAGGAUCUCUGAUAUCUGAAUCAGGUGAUUUGAGGGUUGCUGUGCAAAGCAAAGAUUCUUCACUGCUUGCGGAGAGGACCAAAAUGGAAGAGUUGAGCCGUAAAUCAGAGGCUCUAGCAGCUUCUUUGAGCCAAAAGGAUUCUCAGAUAGGGUUACUUCGGCGAGACAGAACAUUGGGCCAAGCUAGCAGAUCCAUAAAUUUGCCAGGCACUUCGGAGAUUGAGCAAAUGAAUGACAAAGUAAGCCCAGCUGCGGUUACUCAGAUUAGAGGGGCACGAAAAGUCAACAAUGACCAAGUUGCUAUUGACGUAGAGAUGCACAAGGACAAGCCAUUAGAUGAUGAAGACGAUGACAAAGCACAUGGUUUCAAGUCCCUGACAAUGUCGCACUUUGUACCGAAGUUCACUCGACCUAUAUCAGACAGAAUUGAUGGGAUGUGGGUAUCUGGUGACCGGUUGCUAAUGAGGCAACCUACUUUGAGAGUUGGCAUCUUGAUAUAUUGGAUUGCGCUGCAUGCAUUGCUUGCAAGUUUUAUUUGAAGGUUGUAUGUAAAGCUGUAGUGAUCGACCUCCUUGGCGAGCUAUUGUACAGUACUAUGCCUAUAGCAACCUACAAAGCGAGCUGUCCAUUCAGAUGUUACUGAUUUUUUUGAAAAUUGUUACCAAAUACCUGAACCGAAGUGGCAGCUGGAAAUCAUCUUCGUUCUGCGUUACUCUCAUCCGCACGGUAUUGAUCCUGCCUGCUUCGUGUUGUGGCUGUAGAAACGGAAGAGAAGUGGAGAAAUCAGCAGCAGAGAUCCCCUGUACAUACCCCCAUUUUUGUUUGCUCUAUUCUUUGCUUUUAGAAAAAGAUUGAGGGCAGCUUAGAUGCUAGCAUCUACACUAUACAUUACAGGUUUACAGAAAGAAUGAAUGACAUGUAGUUUCGAAAACUUAGGGUAUUGGGAUGGCAGCAGCAUUUCCCCUUUCAAAAUUGGCCCCAUGUAUUCUUAAACUUUUUUUUUGUAUACAUGUGCAAGUUCAACAGAGUAAGUGUUCCGUUGCUACCAUACUGAAGCUGUUUAGGGGAGCCCAGAUCUUAUUUC